CCAGGGGUCCUUUCGGAGUGCUUGUGAUCAAGAUGGCGACGGGAUCACGAAAGGGGGGUUCAGAAAUAGCAAAAUAGAACGAAAUCUUGCCCUGGCAAGUUAAACUUUUAAGCUGAACAGUAUGGCGCAAAUAAUGGACAUCAUACAAACUGCUAAGGUUGACCAAGUCCGACUUAAGACCAGAUUUAGCAAGAAGGUUUCCAGGGGUACACUUUAUCUAACUCCAACUCAUCUUAUUUUUGUGGAUCCUGUUGGUGCAAAGGAGACUUGGAUUCUUCACUCUCAUAUCCUGUCACUGGAGAAACUUCCACUGAAUGCAGCUGGUUCCCCACUUCGCAUCCGCUGCAAGACCUUCCAGAAUGCAACACUCAUUAUUCCAAAAGAGAAGGAGUGUCACGACAUCUACACUGCACUCCUAUUCUUUUCAAAUCGAGAAAAGCUGGAGGAUCUUUAUGCCUUCAGUUAUUCACCACAAACGGAGAAGCUGACCCAAUCUGCAGGAUGGGCACUUUUUGAUAUUAAAUCAGACUACACACGCAUGGGGGUGCCAUCUGACUUGUGGACUGCAACCCAGUUAAAUAAAGACUAUGAGUUGUGCGACACCUACCCAAAUAUCCUGUACGUUCCAAAGUCUGCAACAAAAGAAGUUUUGGUAGGCAGUUCAAGGUUCCGCAGUCGAGGUCGACUUCCAGUUCUCUCAUUCUACCACAAAAGCACACAGGCUGCAGUGUGCAGAUGUAGUCAGCCACUUGGUGGAUUCAAAGGACGAUGCCCUGAAGAUGAGCAAAUGAUCCAAGCUCUUUUAAACUCCAAUCCAAACUCUAAGUUCAUCUACAUAGUGGACACCAGACCACGGCUGAAUGCCCUUGCUAACAGAGCCGCUGGAAAAGGUUAUGAGAGUGAAGACUUUUAUGAGAAUGUCAAAUUCCAGUUUGUUGGAAUUGAGAAUAUUCACGUCAUGCGGCAGUCACUAUUCAAGAUGCUUGAAGUUGUGGGGGAGAGCCCUAAGACUCCUGCUGGGGCAUUUUAUAGUGGACUGGAGGCAAGCAAUUGGUUGAAGCAUAUCAAGAAUAUCCUGGAUACAUCUGUCUUUAUUGCCAAGGCUGUGGCCAUGGAGAAGGCCAGUGUUCUUGUACAUUGUAGUGAUGGUUGGGAUAGAACUGCACAGACCUGCUCACUGGCUAGUAUAAUACUAGACCCCUACUACAGAACAAUUCAUGGCUUCCAAGUUUUGAUUGAAAAAGAAUGGUUAUCAUUUGGUCACAAGUUCACCGAUCGAUGUGGUCUUCUUCAGUCAGACCAGAAAGAGUUUUCGCCAGUUUUCCUGCAAUUUUUGGAAAGUAUAUGGCAACUUCUGCAGCAGUUCCCGUUUUCAUUCCAGUUCAACGAGAGGUUCUUACUGACGCUUCAUGAUCACGUCUAUUCCUGCCAGUUUGGGACAUUUCUUGGUAACUGCCAGAAAGAAAGAAGAGAUCUAGGACUCCCUAAAAGGACGUACUCAUUGUGGGGAUACAUGUGGCAGAAUAUCAGUGACUAUGCCAAUCCGCUGUACAGAGAGGUCACGCAAGAUGACGCGUUAUGGCCGGAUACCUCACCUCAAGCAAUCAGGUUUUGGCGCGCAAUGUAUAAUCGAUAUGAUAACGAGGUUCACCCAAGAGAGACCCUUUUGGACUCCACCAGUAGCAUCAUUGAUCACAAUGACUCACUGCAAGAUCAUGUCAAGCUCCUUGCGAAGCGUAUUGAGUUGCUGAAGAUGUUAAGGGAGCACUACUCUAACUCGCUAGAACCAAACGGGCAAGGUGUUGUUAACGAAAGCUCAGUCUCCGACAAUAGUAAAAGCCGAUACGAGGAGGUCGACAUUGAGCCGGCAGAAACUAAGAAUGAAUCAGCUUUGGUUGACGAGAAUGUACAGAACUUAUCCGAGGACUUAUCCGCUGAAAAUAAUGGGCAAAAGGAGCUCAGCCUUUCUGACAACGAUACUAUUAACGAAUCAAUAUCUGUCGUUGCAAAGGAAGGAGAGACACAAAAUCCAUCACUGUGUGAGGAUGAACACUUACAAAAAGCACUUAAAAGAUAUUGUCUGACUAUGGAUGAUUUGCUAAUGGAACUGCCGCCCAUCGCUAUCAAGUGGAAAUCGGUCAGAGAUGUUUCACAGUGUUCGACCUGCUCCUUGCCAAUUGCUUUCCUUAGCCGAAAGUACCAUUGUUGGAAUUGUGGAGAAGUGUUCUGUCGCCGCUGCAUUGAGAGACAGUGCUCGUUACCAGCCCACUACUCGGAGAACACGGUUCCUGUCUGCAAACAGUGCUACAAGAGAAUACAACAUAACGAAAUAUAAGGCUGGCGUCAACUUGGCACGUGCAGGAUAGGUGAAAUUGUGGCGACAGCUUAAGCUGCUUCUCGAAAAUAAAUAGUUUUACACGAUUUUGUUCACCUCGGCUCAUAUCGCCGUCUGCUCAACUUUGCACUUCAACGAGGAAAAUGCUAUCUUUAAUGAUUGGAUUUUAAGGUUACGGCACACGUAAGAAAUCAAGAAAUAUCGAAAACUGUUUUCCGGCAAAAUUAAUUUGUCUAGGUGAUUAUCUCAUAUCAAGAGAGCAUGAAAAUUUUUUAACUUAGUCCUAUUUCUAGUAGAUCAUAUUCGGCAACCCCUGCGCGUUGCUCGUUUUGAUGAAAAUGAAAAGAAACCGUAAAGUUUUUGAAUGAUGAAAGCAAGAGUUCACUCCUACAAGGUUGAAACGUAAUUUGUUUGUUGUAUGGCAAAAUUAAUUUAAAAAAGGAAGAAAAAUAAAAACAUUCAUACGUUAUAGUGAUACGUGGGUUUGGAUUCAAAUUCGAAAUCUGAAUAGUUAUAGAAAUGUUUAGAAAAUACUGUAGACGCUGCAGUACAAACCAGUCUACACAGCCCUAGGUCUGUCUAAUUAAAAACAUUAUGACAAGUUAAUAAAAUACAUGAAUCCGA